UUGCUUCCUUUGGUAGGAAAAAGAAGACAGAGAUCGAACCCGAAAGAGAAGAAGGCAAGUGAAGGGGAAGAGAGAAGAAAUAAGAAAACAAAAGAAACAUAAAAAGAAGAACAAAAACCUAAGCUUCUCGAACCCUAAAUAAAAAAUUUUGUGGAUAUACAUGCAAAAAUACUACAAAGUCUAGCAAUGGCUGUUGACACUUGCAUGACACCUAAAAUACAAGAAGAGGAUGAUGAUGAUGAUGAGCCGAUUGUAUUCAGAAGAACCAAGGUAACACCAAAGCAGAAUCAAGUAAACUCCGAAAUAAAGAAGGUAUCAUCACAAAGGCUUGAUGGAUCUUCCCAAAGACACGAGGGAUCUUCCCAGAAGAACGAUGGAUCUUCUCAAAGACGGGAUGGUUCAUCUCAGAGACAGGAUGGUUCUUCUCAGAGACAGGACGCAUCUUCUCAAAGACGCGAUGGAUGUUCUCAAAGACAGGAUGGAUCUUCUCAAACGCGUGAUGGAUCUUCGCAGAGACAGGAUGGUUCUUCUCAAAGACGUAAUGGUUCAUCUCAAAAACACUGUGGGCCAUCAGAAAGGCCUAGUCCUGGAACAGCUUCUCCUAAUGGUCAAAAUUCAACUUUGCAAAAGGGAAAGAUGGUCUCAUCUUCAAAAUCAGCACCACUCAAGUCACCUUUAGCUAAUCCAAAGGCAUCUACUUCCGUACCUGAGAAGCCGAAACAACCGCCUACGCAAAAUUCACGAAUAAGUAAUAAUGAAAAGAAGCCUCCUGCCAAACCAAAUGUUGAUUCUGAGGAUUCUGACGAUGAUAAGCCCUUGAGUGCCAGACUUCUGGUAUCCACCUCAGCAUUGCAGAAAAGCAACUCUCACAAUGUUGCUAAGGUUCAUAGUCCACACCUUCCCAGUUCAUCAAUGUCAGAGAAAACAACAAUUUCCAGUAAAAAAUCUGUAGAAGAUUCUGAAGAUGAGGGUCCUUUGUCUUCAAUGAUCAAGAUGACGUCAGGGGGAGAGCCGUCUGUUAAGAAAGAAAUUGAAGAGAAACCUUUAGCUUACAAAGCGAAGCAAAAUGGCUCUAUCAAGAAGGAAAGUGAACAGUUAAACUCCCCAAAAUUGUUAAACAAGAGGCCGCUAGGUGAUAGUAGUACUCCAACUCACUCUUCUGCUAAAAAGCCAAAACUAUCAGAGUCAUCUGUUGCAGCUAAAGUAAAGCAAGUGUCUGUGAAAGCUGAAGUCAAGACGGAGGAUGAUGACGAUGACGAUGAUGAUGUUCCAAUUGCCGAGAGACUGAAGAAGGCUGCUGUGUCAGCAGGUACAUCUCAACCAAAGAAGAAAACAAUAACAAAGGUUGUUUCCUCUUCACUUAAAACAUCAAAGAAAUCAAAGAAAAUAGUAAAGAAAUCACAAUACUCGAAGUCAAUAAAGCUACAGCCCAGUUCCGGUGAUGGACAAAAGUGGACUACCUUGGAGCACAAUGGUGUUAUUUUCCCUCCAGACUACAAGCCUCAUGGUGUGAAGAUGCUGUACAAUGGACAACCUGUUGAUUUGACUCCUGAACAGGAGGAGGUUGCAACAAUGUUCGCAGUGAUGAAAGACACGGAGUAUGCUACGAAGGAGAAAUUUGUGGAGAACUUCAUGAAUGAUUGGAGAGGGAUACUCGGAAGAAAUCAUAUAAUUAAAAAGUUUGAGCUUUGUGAUUUCACCCCUAUCUAUGACUGGCAUCAGGCUGAGAAGGAGAAGAGAAAACAAAUGACCACGGAAGAGAAGAGGAUUGCCAAAGAAGAAAAAUUGAAGCAAGAGGAGAAGUACAUGUGGGCUAUUGUUGAUGGUGUCAAAGAGAAGGUUGGAAACUUCAGAGUGGAACCACCUGGGUUGUUUCGUGGCCGUGGAGAGCAUCCUAAGAUGGGAAAAUUGAAAAAACGCAUUCGACCAAGUGAUAUUACAAUAAAUAUUGGGAAAGGGGUGCCAAUUCCGGAGUGUCCAAUUCCUGGUCAAAGGUGGAAAGAAGUUAAGCAUGAUAAUACGGUUACAUGGUUAGCAUUUUGGAUUGAUCCAAUCAAUUCAAAAGAGUUCAAGUAUGUUUUCUUGGCUGCUAGUAGUUCACUGAAAGGGCAAAGCGACAAGGAGAAGUAUGAGAAAGCUAGAUUACUAAAGGACUACAUUCAUGAUAUCAGAGCAAAUUACACAAAGGACUUCACAAAUAAAGAUCUUGGGAAACGGCAAAUAGCAGUGGCGACGUACCUUAUCGAUAAGUUGGCUCUCAGGGCAGGAAAUGAGAAGGAUGAUGACGAGGCUGAUACAGUUGGUUGCUGUACGCUGAAAGUGGAAAAUGUUAAAUUAGUCCCUCCAAACAAAUUAGAGUUUGAUUUCCUUGGUAAAGACUCCAUUAGAUAUCUAAAUACCGUUGAUGUCGAGCUUCCAGUGUACAAAGCAAUCGGACAGUUUAAAAAUGGAAAAAAUGAUGGUGAAGAUCUUUUUGACAAGCUUGAUACUAGUAAACUGAAUGCUCAUCUCAAGGAACUCAUGCCUGGACUCACUGCAAAAGUCUUUCGUACCUACAAUGCGUCGAUUACUUUAGAUGACCAGUUGCAUAAAAAUACCAAGGAUGGUGAUGUUGGAGUGAAAGUUGUCGUCUAUAACCUUGCAAACAAGGAGGUUGCAAUUAUAUGUAACCAUCAACGUACUGAAUCAAAGUCCCACACUGCACAAAUGGAAAAAUUGCAAGGCAAUAUACAGAAGUUGAAGAUUGAUAUAGAUGUCCUGGAGAAGGAUUUGGAGAGAGCCAAAAAAGGAAAGCCUCCACUUCCGAGGUUGGAUGAUAAAGGAAACGAAUUUGUGCCGAGGAACUUGGCCCCUGACGCAAUACAUAGGAAGAUCAAUAAGAUAUAUGAGAGGAUUGAGAAAAUGGAGCGUGAUAUUAGUACAAAAGAGGAGCUUAAAACCAUUGCGUUGGGCACAUCUAAGAUUAAUUAUCUUGAUCCUAGAAUUUCAGUUGCUUGGUGCAAGCGACAUGAAGUUCCUAUUGAAAAGAUAUUCAACAAGUCACUUCUGGCGAAGUUUGCUUGGGCAAUGGAUGUGGAUCCUAGUUUCAGAUUUUGAUAUUUCGGUAAACAGAGCUUGCCUGAGUUUUAGUCGCAGACAGGCCGUGCCUUUCCACCUUGGAUUUUUCCGUUCCUUCUCAGGCAGAAUUUACAGGAGUUGUAUGGGAACUUCUCCCGCAGAGGUCUUAUGGAUGGACUAGGCCAGCUAGGCCAUUGCCUAGAGCCUCGAAUUGUUGGGGUUUUAAAUUUUUCUUAUAACAUGUUUGUUUUUCUUCUCAAUAUAGGUAGUGCUGGCUAGAUGGUAUCUAAAUUAGUGGUCCAACACUAUGUAGCUGUUAUUGAAAGCUGUUUGUUGUUUAAACACCAUGUACUGCUUUCCAUUACCAUCUAGCGGCCAUUAUUACUUCAUUUAUGUUCCCUUUUAUGUAAGGACAUUACUGCAUUAGGUAAUUCUCUCUCAAACUAAUCUAGAUA